AUGGCGGUGGCAGAGCCCCCAUCGUCGCCGCCCAACGCAUCGACCAGCACCGCCGACGCCAUCGCUUACUACAAGUCGCAGUAUGAGCUGCUCGAAGCCGAACUGGCUGAUUUCCAGUCGUCGAGUCGCGAACUGGAGGCCGAGUUGGAGAAGGACAUCGAGGCAUCGGAGAAGAGGGAACGGAAGCUGAAGGAGAAGGUUGAGAGCCUGGGAUAUGAGGUCGAAGAAUGGAAGACCAAGUACAAACAGGCUAAGUCAGAGGCCAACUCCGUGCAAAGCACACUGCAGAAAGAGAUCACUACGCUACGAGACUCGAACCGGACACUGCAGCUGAAACUCCGGGACACGGAGGUGGCCAACGAUGACUUUGAGAGACAGGCUCGCAACACGACCUCUUCGCUGGAAGACAUAGAAUCCAAAUACAACAUAUCUAUUGAGCGAGGUGUUCUGCUCGAGGAAGAGAUCAAGAAUGGCGAGCAGGAACGAGAGAUGCUGCGAAUCAAGGAGCAGCGCCUGCGUGAUGAGCUAGCGGAUCUCAAGGUCGAGACCCAUAUCAUCCAGGAGAAAUUGCGAAAAGCCGAAGCUGCUCUGGAACGAAAGGCAAAGUUUUCGUUGCUGGAAUCGACUUCAACGAACGGAAUCGGCCAUCGCCUCGACGCCGCAGACCACUCACCAGCAACGACUACCUCUUCGCCCAUCGCAACGCCGCUGACAAAGUCUGCAUCUUCUGUUGCUUCCGAGAUCGCUACACCGCCGUCACCACCAUUCUCUGAGUCGUCUACAAAUGGGGCAUUCAGGGGUGCUACUCCAAAUAUGUCUCGAUCUCGCGUCUCUAUAUCCGAGUCAAAUGGCAUGUCAAAGCAUCAGAAGUCGGCUUCUCGAUCUUCACGGCACUCUCGAGUUCCGUCGGUAUCUAUGAGCAGCACAACCGGCCGCAUUACCCCAUCUGCAGGACGACAGCCUACUUCGAAUGGCCUCCCCAAGUCGAGUUCUCUAUAUCAAAUCCGAGGACUGAUCGGGAAGAUGCAAAAGCUAGAGGAGCGUGUCCAGUCUGCACGAUCGCGACUACCAGCACCGGUGGAUACGCCACCCCGAGCAUCUCCUCGCACCGGCUCUGCCAUGGGCGGCCCAGCAUACAACAUGCCUUCAUCGGUAACAGUCCGCAGCAAUAGGAAACGAUCGAGCGGUAGUGUGGCCAGCAGCUCCAAGGACAAUAACGAGAUGCCGCACACGCCGGUGACACCUGGGGCCCGAGUUUCCCAGGGACGAGGCUCGUUUGGACUUCCAGCACCAUCUCAGUCAGCACCAUCGAGACCCGAAAGUCGCACUAGUAUGUCAUCGCGCUGUUCCGUCAGUAAUAUGACCUCGUCAAGCAGCAUCGCUCAGCCGCGCUCUGAGUCUCGCCAAAGCUUAAACAGCCAGAAUCUAAAUGGCUCACGCACGCCAGGACAUUAUACCAGCAACUCACUGAACAUGAGCAUGGCCAACAUGUCCGACAACCACCAGCAUCAUAGCCAUAACUAUAACCAUAGUCAUCAGCAUCACCCAUCAGUUAGCAGCACUAGUAGCGGCGGCGGCCUUCGACGCCCUCGCUCAUCACUAAGCAACUACAACCCUUCCGCCAGUAUGUCGUAUAUUGACGAAGAUAACGCUGAGAUGGACCUGAGUAUGCACACACCCACACCCCGACGGUACGAUAGCGUCGGGUCUGGCAGCUCCAUCCCGACUCCCGCAGUGCUGAGACGAACUAGUGGCGGGAUGUCUUCUAUACCAACACCAGCCGGCCUGACGCCUCGACGCACCAGCUCGGCCAUCGGAAGGAGAGAAGGCGAUAUGCCUCCGCCAUCAGCUGGCAGAAAGAAAGCGAGCAUGACGCCUCGACCGUCUUCGUCUCUUGGUAGCCUAGGCGAGACAUAUUAAACUACCAACCCUUUAAAUUUAAUGAAUAUACAACAAACAACAACAACACCAACCUUUAUGCCACUUUUCUUUGAGUCUAUCUAUUCUUAUAUCUCACCUUGCAUAAUAAUUCUCCUUCCAUGCCAGUCUCGCCAUCUACCCGCGGCGAAUAAUACGGGACCGGACAGUUUCUAUGCCCAGCCUUAUCCAAAACCCGAAACCCGAGACCCGACCAAGCAACAUGAACCAACUUGAUUCUACCAUCUACUUCCUUCCUAACCACUAGUACUACUAGCUAUCAUUCUUUCAAGCAUUACCAUCUAGAUACAUAAUGACGCAUGUGUUUUCAUCCUUUUGUUCAUGCCCCCUAUACCCUCUUGUCCAGUUAAGCUGUGUUUCCAACCAUGUAUGUAGCCACUAGAGAAACCCGACUUCUCGGAGCAUUAAAUACUCACCACCGCCAUCUACUCUACCACCUAUCUCUGCGUCUCUUUUCUGUUUGUCUCUCCUAGCAACAUCCAUUACCUGCCACCUUCACCUCCCUACGGAGUACCGCCUACUGUCUUAAAUUAUCUCCUUUUAAUCUCCGUCGUUUUAAGCUUUUCAGCCUCGGCUUGUGUCUCCGAGCCUUACCUAAACCUUGCUUAGUCAGUUACUCUAACCGGAUUAGUUGUCGUUUUCUGUUGGGGGAAAACUCAGGCCCGGUUGAGACGACGCGAGGGAGCUGGAAAGCCGCAGGUC